AUGAAGAGCGUUGAACAGUACUACGUAAAAAAGCAAAGCUGUGAUACGUUCGUUGUACUCUAUAAGCUGGGAGAAAGCGCAUCUGAGCUGGAUCUCGGAUCAGAAGCAAAACGAACUGAUCUCGGCCGAUUUCCUACACCUGUUGGAGCUUUCAUGCUUGAAGUUGCUUAUCGAACACAAAUGGCCAAGGAGAGGGUGUUUUCACCACCUGAAGGACACGAAUCUCCUAAUCAGAUGAGCAGUGUGGUCUUGGCAACCGUCAGGAAAUUCUCCAUCUUACUUGAGCGAUCUCGCAAGAAGCACACUUCACUUUCAAGAAACUUGAAGAUGACUGUAGAGAUACUGUUCAGUCGGAAACUAGUCCUAGAGAGAGAUGAGCAGUUGAAUGAAAUGAGUAAUAAAUUACGAGAUGCGGAACUCAAAUGUAACAGACCGAGGACCACCUGUCUCGUACCUCCAUGUAUCUCGCUCUUGAAUGAGCUCGUUGCGAUAAAUGAUGCGCAAGAAGCUGAUCUCAGUGCGACAAAGAAAACGUUGCGAGCUCUUCAACGAGAAAAUGGAUUCACGGUGCCUCAAGUCAAUACGGGUGUAAAUGAUGAUAGAACACAAUAA